AUGGAUAGCCAGAAGCUUCCUGAUGUCAUUAAUCAAGAGUCUAGUAUUACUCCAUCCACCCUAAAAAAUUUCUUUUCUCGGAAGUAUCUGGAUACCCCUCUUUUCCAUAUCCGGGCUCUCUUUCGGAAUGAGAGGAUCGUCCUUCCCGAUCCUCCUCCCUCUGGUCUAAUUGACCCUCAGAGAGACCGCAGUUUGGUCUUCUUUGUCAAACAACGAGAGUAUGCUUCUCAAGUACCUAUGGACAAGAAUAAGCCUCCCAAGAAUUUUACUCUGUCUCGAGAGAGCAUGAAAGCCGCCCUGGACACUUUCCGAGCUGGGCGGUCCAUGUCUGAAGCUACUCAGGAGGUGGCCCAGGCCUCCGGAUCCCAACAGGCCUCUAUUGUGAGAACGGAGGCUGUGCCCAAGGAGAUUGAUAAGCCAGUUGAGGACUUGAGGCUUGCGAGGGCGGAUGCUACUCCAUCUUUUAGGGAUGCCCCUGAGGAGAGGUUCGAGGUCUUUCCAACAGAAAGGGGGCUCCCGAGGGUGAGAUGGAGGUCGUCCCGACUGGUGAGGGUGUCCAAGAAGCUGGUGCCGAGGUCGCACCUGUCAAUAAGGGAAUCCCUAAGGAGAGGGCUAAGUCCGGGUCAGUUGAUGCUAUUUCUCACCGGAAGAAGACCUCGGCUGCCAGCGAGGUUGUUGCUAAGGAGGCCGCUGACAAGCGAGCUCUUCCUUCUGAUGCUCCUACUUCGGCUCCUGCCCCCAAGAAGUCUCGGGCUUCUAAACAGCCAGGCCCAGCCUCCUCUUGAGAAAGAAAAAACUCCCGUGGUGCCCUUGCUUUCUUCCCCUGACAAUGAGAUUUUGAACGCAGAAGAUAUUACCCAUCAAUCUCCGGUGAGCGUUGUUGCAGAGGUACUACGGGAGCGUAUGUUUGGCGGGGUCACUGAGGCUUCGGACCCUCAUUUGCUUGCUGUCACUAGUCUUUUGGCCAGCUCUACUCGAGAGCAAGUAGCGUUUCGGUCCCAGACUCGAGGGGAGCUCGGGGACAUAAUCAGGGAAAUGCUCCUCAUGGUGAUGGGCCUCUUUAUGGAGGUUGACGCCCGUGACCAGUCUCUCCGGGAUACGGUGGACCGCCAGAUUGAGGAGGCGCGACACGAGGAGAACCUUAUCACGAUCAGUGAUGCCCGGGGCCAUCUUGCCGCGACCCAAGAGCAUCUGAAGAUCUUACAGGGGGAACUCUCUUAUACCCAAGAUGCUCUCAGGAGGGUUGAUGAGAGGGCAGCUACGACAGAGGUCCGUCGUGACGAAGUCUUAGAGCAGCUGUCCUCUUUGGAGGAAGCCCGACGGGAGAGGGAUGAGGCUGUGGGCCAAAGAGAUGAGGUCUGA